GAGAGAGAGAGAGAGAGAGAGAGAGAGAGAGAGAGAACGAACCCUGGUUUGAAAAAAAGGGGGAGUAUCCAUAGGUGAGGAAGGAAGAGGGAGCGGAUAAAAAGAAGAGGAGAGGAAGGGAAGCGGAUUGCUGCAGCUCAUUCGAGUCAACAUAACGCAGGAGUUUAAUUCCUCCCUUCCCAUCCGCACCGUCCGCAAUGACAAUCUAAUUAGCGGUGCGCCAAAAAAAAAAAUUACGCACAACUUUUUCUCCUUCUCCAGUCACUUUACCGGGUCGAUCCUCACCGGUAAAUAUUAAAAAAGAAAAGAAAACCAGUGGAUCAUCGCUCAUCACUCGGACCUCGGAUCUCCUGCGCUCGCAAGCAACCAUCGGGGGUCUUUGGGGGGUGGAGGGGGGCGUCUGAAUCUUGUGAUGGGGGCAGUGGCUGAGGUCGGGAGCUUCGCCAACGGGUUUUUGGAUAGCUUUGGAGCCGCUUCGGCUUCGGUCGGUUCGCAUUUCGUUCUCACCCCAGCGGGGGCCGUGGACUACAACUCUGCAACGGGACUGAUGCUGGGAGGACAGGCGCUGCUGCAGCAGCCCCAUCACCACCACCACCACCAGCAGCAGCAGCAGCACCAGCAGCAGCAGCACCACCACCACCAGCAGCAGCAGCAGCAGGAGAACCUGGUGUCCGCGGAGAGGCUAUCCCGGAGCCUGGCGGACCUGAGCCAUCUGAAAGGGAUCCUGAGGCGGCGGCAGCUUUACUGCAGGACCGGCUUCCACCUGGAAAUCCAUCCGGACGGGACAGUGGCGGGUACCAGGAAAGACCACAGCAGAUUCGGUAUUCUGGAGUUCAUCAGUCUUGCGGUGGGUCUGGUCAGCAUCAGAGGAGUGGACAGCGGCCUUUACCUCGCCAUGAACAGCAAGGGGGAGCUGUAUGGAUCGGAAAAGCUGUCAGCAGAGUGCGUUUUCAGGGAGCAGUUUGAGGAAAACUGGUACAACACUUACUCCUCAAACAUCUACCGGCAUGGGGAGAAAGGGGCCUUCUACUUCGUUGGGCUGAACAAAGAUGGGACGUCGCGGGACGGAACGAGGUCGCGACGGCAUCAGAGGUUCACGCACUUCCUACCGAGGCCCGUCGAUCCAGAGAGAGUCCCAGACCUGUACAGAGACAUACUGGGCCAGAGCUGAGGGUUAAAAGCCGCCUGUGCCCUCAUGCAGCUAAAACUGGUCGAAAUAGGCCAACUGAGUGCGUCGAAAGUCAUCCCUUUCCUUUUUUUUUUUGGAGACGGAGGAUCUUGUGGAUCUGGACGGAACAGGGUCGCGAAGAAAGCACCGAGUCUAGUCCACGCUGUUAGGUUGGAGAGGGAAG